AUGACCGCCCCUCCUCAACCGAGCCACCUCACCUGCCGCCCCUCGUUGGGCCACCUCACCGCCGCCCCUCGUUGGGCCACCUCCCCGCCAGCCGCCUCGUUGGGCCUCCCGCCCGCCUCGUUGGGCCACCUCACCCGACCGCCCCUCGUUGGGCCCCACGCCCGCCCCUCGUUGGGCCACCUCACCCGACCGCCCCUCGUUGGGCCACCUCACCCGACCGCCCCCCGUUGGGCCACCUCACCCGACCGCCCCGUUGGGCCACCUCCACCCGCCCGCCCCUCGUUGGGCCACCUCACCCGACCGCCCUCGUUGGGCCAACUCAACCACCUCACCCGACCGCCCCUCGUUGGGCCAGCUCAACCACCUCACCCGGCCGCCCCUCGUUGGGCCACCUCACCCGACCGCCCCACGUUGGGCCACCUCACCCGACCGCCCCUCGUUGGGCCACCUCACCCGCCCGCCCCUCGUUGGGCCCACCUCACCCGACCGCCCCUCGUUGGGCCACCUCACCCGACCGCCCCUCGUUGGGCCACCUCUGACACCGCCCCUCGUUGGGCCACCUCACCCGCCCCUGGUUGGAGGCCCACUCUGACCGCCCCUCGUUGGGCCACCUCGCCCGACCGCCCCUCGUUGGGCCACCUCACCCGACCGCCCCUCGUUGGGCCACCUCACCCGCCCGCCCCUCGUUGGGCCACCUCACCCGCCCGCCCCUCGUUGGGCCACCUCACCCGACCGCCCCUCGUUGGGCCACCUCACCCGCCCGCCCCUCGUUGGGCCACCUCACCCGACCGCCCCUCGUUGGGCCACCUCACCCGACCGCCCCUCGUUGGGCCACCUCACCCGCCCGCCCCUCGUUGGGCCACCUCACCCGACCGCCCCUCGUUGGGCCACCUCCACCCGACCGCCCCUCGUUGGGCCCUCCACCCGACCGCCCCUCGUUGGGCCACCUCACCCGACCGCCCCUCGUUGGGCCCACCUCACCCGACCGCCCCUCGUUGGGCCCACCUCCACUUGACCGCCCCUCGUUGGGCCCACCUCCCGACCGCCCCUCGUUGGGCCACCUCACCCGACCGCCCCCCGUUGGGCCACCUCACCCGACCGCCCCCCGUUGGGCCACCUCACCCGACCGCCCCCCGUUGGGCCACCUCACCCGACCGCCCCCCGUUGGGCCACCUCACCCGACCGCCCAUGCGGAGGAGACCUAUAAGGAGGAGAUGA